AUGAGUCGUCAUAAUACGUUGAAGCUGGCGCUGCCGCAGGUGCACAGCAUAACAGCAGCGCCGCAGGCGCGUCCAGCUCAACGUGGCGUUAAGCUGGGCCUGGGCGUUAAUCAACAGACUGGGCGUGUGCAGUGGUGUCCUGGUCUGACCUGCUGCAAACUGCUUCUACUGAUUCCAGUUGUAAUGCUGCCAUUGACGCUGGUGCUGCUGCUGCUGCUGCGGCUGGACGGAAUGCUGCAGGCGCUGCAGCUGCGCGAGCAGCGUGCACAGAGCAUGGAGCCGACGCUAGUGGUGCCUGCAUAUCUGGAGGAUUACGAGUCGCUGCUGCCAGAGGGCGACAGCUACAAUGAGCUGAUCAAUGAUGAGUUUCUGGUGCCGCAGGCUAGACGCGCGCAGCUGGAAACGCAGGCAGCGGCGCGUGCCAAGCGCUGUCUGCCCUAUCGCUAUACAAAUGGCGAAACCUUGGAGCUGGAGGAGCGCAGCAUUUUAAUGAAGGAUGCGCGCACUUCCUUUUUGCCAUACGGCAUUAGUUUGGGCGCCAUGCCACGCGAGUGCCUGCAAAACGAACUGGAUACGGAGGUGGUGGAGGAUGCGCGCAGCUCGGAGCAGGAAGGCAGCCAUAAGAAGGCCAUACCCAAGCGCUUUCCAGACACAUAUUACCUAAGCAAUGGACGUGCCAGACGCGAGGCGGAAGAACAAACGGAGCGCGACUUGGCAGCGCAGAUUAUAGAGACGACAGCGGCGCUGCAGUCGUUCUGGAACGAGCAGGGCACACGCGAUGACAUACGCAAGACCCAAGCAAAGACUAUGCAGCGCUAUAUGAACACCAAAGUGGAUCCCUGCGUGGACUUCUAUAAAUACGCCUGCGGUAAUUGGGAAAAGCUGCAUCCCAUACCCAAGGACAAGGCGGGAUUCGAUACAUUUGAAAUGCUGCGCGAGAGUUUGGAUCUGGUGCUGCGCAAUCUGCUGGAGAAAAAUGCGCAUACAGUAAACGCCGAGGCACAUGGACGCAAUACGCUGUUUAAGCUCAACGAGCCGGAGCCGCAGGCAGCGCAGCAGCAGUCCGUCGAGCUGCUGGCCAAGCGUCUGCGCCGGCACAUUGUGGAGCGCCGCUCGCUGUUCAAUCGCGUGCUGGUGCGUUAUAAGCGCUUCACCAAUGGCACCAAGCGCAAGCGUCUGAUAGACACGACGCGCGAGAAGACGCAAGAGGCAGAGGCUACAACGUUGAACAAAGACUUGAGCAAGGAUAAGUUUAAGGAUGAGCAGGCAGACAUUGUGCAGGCAGCCAAGGCGGAGUUUCUCAAGCCGCAGUACGAUGCGCGACUCAAGGCCAAGAAUCUGUACAAAUCCUGUGUGAAUAGCGAACUGCUGAAUGCGCGUGGCCUGGAGCCGCUGCAUACGCUCAUCAGUCAACUGGGCGGCUGGCCCGUGCUGGACGCCGACUGGCAGAGCACGCACUUUGACUGGCAGCAACUGGCGGCCACGCUGCGUCGCUACAACAACGACAUACUCAUUGUGCAGUGGGUGGGCGCUGACAUCAAGAACAGCGAGGAGAACAUUAUACAAUUCGAUCAGACGGGCCUGGGACUGCCCACGCGCGAAUAUUUCCUGCAGCAAAACAAUGCCAAGUAUUUGCUCGCCUAUCAGCGCUACAUGUCCGAGGUGAUGCACAAACUGGGCGCCAGUCGCCAGCGCGCGCUGCAAACUGCCGCGGAGCUGAUUGCCUUUGAGACGCAGCUGGCAAGGAUUACAGCGCCAGCAGAGCAGCGUCUAAAUGUUACCAAGCUCUACAAGCGCAUGUCGUUGCAACAGCUGCAGACGGAGGUGCCGCAAAUCAAGUGGGCUGCUUAUUUGAGCACGCUGCAGGAUCGCAGCGUUGGCGAGCAGGAGCAGGUGGUCAUCUAUGCAGUGGACUAUAUGAAGCAGCUGGUGCGGCUGCUGGACGAAACAGAGCCACGCACCAUUGCCAACUAUAUGAUGUGGCGCUUUGUGCGGCAUCGCAUCAACAAUGUGGACGAUCGCUUUGAUGACAUCAAGCAGCACUUUUACCACGCGCUCUUUGGACGCGAGGAGAGUCCGCAGCGCUGGAAGGUGUGCAUUGCACAGGUGAACACCAACAUGGGCAUGGCGGUGGGCUCAAUGUUUGUCAGUCGCUAUUUCGACGACAACAGCAAGCGGGAUACGCUGCGCAUGACGCACGAGCUGCAGCAGGCGUUCCGGGACAUACUCAAGACUACGGAUUGGCUAGACCAUGCCACCAAGCAGCUGGCGGAGGACAAGGUGAACGCCAUGUCGCUGAAAAUUGGCUACCCCGACUUUAUUUUAAAUGCCGCGGAGUUAAAUGAAAAGUAUGCUGGCAUCGAUAUACAUGCGGAUAAAUAUUUCGAGAAUACAUUGAAUGUGCUGCUGCAUACGGCGCGCAUGGAGCAGACCAAGCUGCAUGAGCGCGUGAACAAAACGAACUGGCAAACGGCGCCGGCCAUUGUCAAUGCUUACUACAGUCGCAACAAGAAUCAGAUUAUGUUUCCUGCGGGCAUAUUGCAGCCUCCGUUCUACCAUCGCCACUUUCCCAAGUCGUUGAACUUUGGCGGCAUUGGCGUCGUCAUAGGGCAUGAGCUAACGCACGGCUUUGACGACAAGGGGCGGCUGUUCGACAGCAAUGGCAACAUACACAAAUGGUGGACCGAUAGCUCCAUACGUGGCUUUGAUGAGCGCGCGCGCUGCAUAAUCUCGCAGUAUGGCAACUAUACAGUGGAGGAGGUGGGCAUUGCGCUCAAUGGCGAGAGCACGCAGGGUGAGAACAUAGCAGACAAUGGCGGCCUGCGUCAGGCGUUCCAUGCCUACAAACGCUGGACGAGCGAUCAUCCGCAGGAGGCGCGUGAUGAAAUGCUGCCAGGACUGAAUAUGACUGGACCGCAGCUAUUCUUUCUCAACUUUGGUCAAGUCUGGUGCGGCGCUAUGCGUCCUGAGGCUAUGCGCAAUAAGCUAAACACAGCCAUACACAGUCCGGGACGUUAUCGCGUCAUUGGCACGCUCUCCAAUUCCUAUGACUUUGCUCGCGAGUUCCAUUGCAUGCCAGGCACGCCCAUGAAUCCCAUCAACAAAUGCAGCGUCUGGUAGCCACAAAGCUGCAUAACUACAUAGCCUAAGAGUAUUACACACCAUGUAUUCCUAACCAGUACCAGCUCUAGCUAGAUCUUGCACUCUAUCCACCAAUCUUACAAAUAGAACUUGCCAUUCGAACUGGAAACUGUGCCAAAUACUCGCUUAGAGUGCGUUUAUCUUUUUUAUAUAUACUAUAUAUAUAUAUUUUCAUA